UUUAGUACUAAAUGCCUUUUGCAUGGUCAUGGUGGUAUUAGCGAAACUAGACAGUCUCUUCUACCGUCAUCAUCGGAUUCCCCCAUUUUUAUUUUCUUCUCUGAAACUCAUACACACACUGCGCGCGCUCUCUCUCUCUCCACCACCGUCAGGCGUUCGAUUCUCAGGUAGAAUUUCCAUGUCCAGAUGAUAUAAUUGGAGGGAUAUUAAGCCAGAUCUGUCGAUAUGGGGGCUGCAAACUCCAAAGUAGAGGAAGAUAAGGCCCUGCAGCUAUGUCGAGAAAGGAAAAAAUUUGUUAAGCAGGCGCUUGAUGGCAGGUGCUCACUUGCAGCCACUCACGAUAUGUACAUUCAAUCACUCACAAGUACGGGAACAGCUCUUCGGAGAUUUGUGGAGUCUGGAGCUCCUGUUGAAUCUUCUUUGUACACUUCCACUUCUGCAACCCCUGAGCCUCUUCUUCAAAUUGAGAAGUCCCUCUCUCAUUUCUCAUUUUCUUCUCCUUCCGUGUCGCAGCACAUGAAUACAACAGAUAAUUUAUCUCCCUCCCCUUCUCCUCCACAUUCUACUCUCUUUCAUGCCAAUCAUAUGAAAGUCAGGGGUAGCUUUUCUAAAAAGGUUGAAGAAAAGCCUCCUAUAUCUACUACUGCAACUGUGAUCUCCUCUAGUACCCCACAGAAUAACACACCUCGCUCUUCUGGAAACUCUGAAACAUCACCAUUUGGAGAUUCUUCAAUCCUUCCAGAAAGUCCACCUUGGGAUUACUUUGGUAUCUUUCAACCAAUUGACCAUCAAUUCUCUUCUCAAGAAGGGAAGACCAUGAACCAAGGGUUUGAAAGUACUGAUGACAUAAGACGGCUUAGGGAAGAGGAGGGAAUUCCUGACCUGGAAGAUGAAGGAGAGAAGGCCUCUUUUCAUGAAAGGGAAGAAUCUCAGGAUUCUGAAGAUGAAUUUGAUGAGCCAGCCACAGAUUCUCUGGUUCGAAGUUUUGAAAACUUCAAUAGAGUACAUGAACAAGUUGAAGCUAGUGCUUCACCUGCAGUACCCUCUGCAGAAAGCGUAACUUCAGAAACUGAGUUAUUGAAAGGUCAUAAAAGUAACUCACCUGAUUUGUCGCCACUGAGAACUCCAUCCAUAGAUGUUGAACCUGAAACUGACUUGAAUAAAACUACAGUGAAGGAAGAUUGCAUGGAAAGUAAAAUUGCACCAAAAGAUCUUGUUUUAAGCAUGAAAGACAUAGAAUUUCUCUUCAAAAAAGCUUACGAGUCUGGUAAAGAAGUUCCUAAGAUGCUUGAAGCAAAUAAGUUGCAUUUCCGUCCGAUAUUCCAAGCAAAAGAGAGUGGAUCAUUUUCAUCUACAUUGUUGAAGGCUUGUUUCUCUUGUGGUGAAGAUCCUAGUCAAGUUCAGGAAGAGCCUGCUCAAAAUGCUGUCAAAUACAUUACUUGGCAUAGGACUACAUCAUCUCGAUCCUCUUCAUCAAGGAAUCUGUUGGGAGCAAACGUAAAAGAUGAUAAUGAGAAUCGUACUGGUAACCUCUUUGAUAACUUUUGCAUGAUCUCAGGCAGUCAUGCCUCAACCUUGGAUAGGUUAUAUGCGUGGGAAAGGAAGCUUUAUGAUGAGGUUAAGGCUAGUGAGAUGGUCAGAAGGGAUUAUGACUUGAAGUGUAAGAUAUUAAGGCAACUAGAAUCAAAAGGAGAAAAUUCUCAACAAGUUGAUAAAACUCGCGCUGUUGUUAAGGAUCUACAUUCAAGAAUCAGAGUUGCUAUUUACAGGAUUGAUUCUAUAUCAAAGAGGAUUGAAGAUAUACGAGACAGAGAGCUCCAGCCACAACUUGAGGAGUUGAUUCAUGGGUUAAGUCGGAUGUGGGAAGUGAUGCUUGAAUGUCACAAGCUUCAGUUUUCAAUAAUCUUCAAAGCUUACAACAAUGGCAACACUAAGAUAUCUGUGCACUCGGAAUCACAUCGACAGAUUACUCUCUCUCUUGAAGAUCAACUCAGCCAUCUAUCCUCAAGUUUUGACAAGUGGAUCAAUGCUCAAAAGUCCUAUUUGCAGUCUAUAAAUGGAUGGCUUUUGAAAUGCGUCUCUAUUGCUGAGAAGUCUUCCAAAAAGAAAAGGAGGCAACCAGAAAACCCCUUGAGAUUCUGUGGCCCUCCAAUAUAUGCCACAUGUGGUGUCUGGUUUGAUAAGCUUGAGAAAUUGCGUUCCAGUGAAGUGACAGAGGCUAUAAAGACUUUAGAAAAUGAAAUUGCCAGUUUUGUACCAAGUCAUGAAAAGAAAGAGGAUAAAGAUGCAAAUUAUUCUGGUGUAACAUCUCAGAAGGAUGAUAGUGGUAUUGAUUCUGCGGUUAAUAUGUUAAGAGAUGAAGUUUCCCCUUCAGGGAUGUCCAGUUUUGAUCGUUUCCAGAGAAGCUUGGCAGAGUUUUGUAAAAAGUUGAAAGAGUUUGCAGAGGCUUCUGUUAACAUGUAUGCAGAUGUUCAGGUGGCCAUCCAACGUUCAAAGAGCAAUUACGAUCAGAUCAAAUCCAAAUCUGGAGUUGCUUAGUGGAUUCAGUGCCGGGGGUUGGGAAACAAAGAAAAACAUAAGAGCAGUUUUGGAUACAAUUUCGAAUUGGAUAUUCGGAUAUGGAAUUUGUAUGAGAAAAAUAAAUGUGAUUCGACUCCAAGUUUGUCGUGGGGUCGAAGUGGAAUAUAAAAAUAAUGGAGUUAAUAAAUUUGUAGCAGCUAGCAUCCAUUGUAAGUGCAAGGGGUUAAUAUAUGGUAUAGGUGUAAUUACAGGGGUUGGUAGCAAGGGA